GAUCACGGAAAUAGCCGAAGAUGUCGGCUCGGUCAUGUGAUCAGCUGUGUCCAAUAACAGCUGAUCACAUGGGACUGAUGAUCAGUGUGCCCUGAUGAUCAGUGUAGCCCCAGCAGUGCCACCUGUCAAAGUCCAUCAGUGCCUUACGUUAGUGCUCAUCAGUGCCUCGUGCCAGUGCCCAUCAGUGCCACAUAUCAGUGGCUACCAGUGCACAUCAAUGCCACAUAUCAGUGCCCAUCUGAGCUGCCUUUCAGUGUCACCCAUCAGUGCCAGUCAGUGCCACCUAUCAAUGCCAAUCAGUGCCACCUAUCAGCGCUGCCAAUCA